GGAGUACGCAGCAGGGACGCGUGUCACGGACAUAAAAAGGCGUCGCGCGCGCGCGGGGAGAGCCUCGGCGCAGGGUCUCUUCCUCCCUAACGCAACGCGCCACCAUGCAGCUCGCCGAGCUCUGCACCGACCCCGUCGUGCUCUCCUGCGCCUUCCUCUGCCUCCUCCUGCACCUCGCGCUCCGCUCCUCCUCCGGCCGCGGCCGCGGCCGCCUCCCGCCGGGGCCGCCUGGCCUCCCCAUCCUCGGCGCGCUCCCGCUCGUCGGCCCGGCCCCGCACGCCGGGCUUGCCGCGCUGGCGCGCCGGUACGGCCCCAUCAUGUACCUCAGGAUGGGCACGGCCGGCGUGGUGGUGGCGUCGUCCCCCGCCGCGGCGCGCACGUUCCUCAAGGCGCUGGACGCGCGGUACGCCAACCGGCCCGCGGUGGCGAGCGCCGCGGACAUCACGUACGGGUGCCAGAACAUGGUGUUCGCCAACUACGGGCCCAGGUGGAAGCUGAUGCGGAAGCUGGCCAGCGUGCACCUGCUCGGGGCGCGCGCGCUCGCGGACUGGGCGUGCGUGCGCCGCGAGGAGGCGGGCCACCUGCUGCGCGGGGUGGCCGAGGCGGCGGCGGCCGGGCGGCCCGUCGUCGUGCCGGAGGUGCUCGUGUGCGCGCUCGCCAACAUCGUCGGGCAGAUCACCGUCAGCAGGCGGGUGUUCGACGCGCAGGGGGACGAGUCCAACAGCUACAAGGACAUGAUCGUGUCGCUGCUGACGGGCGCGGGCCUGUUCAACAUCAGCGACUUCGUGCCGGCGCUGGCGCGGCUGGACCUGCAGGGCGUGCAGGCGAAGCUGCGGCGGAUCCACUGCCAGUUCGACGGCCUCAUCACCAAGCUGCUGGCGGAGCACGCGGCGACGGCGGCCGACCGCGCGCGCCGGGGCCGCCAGGACUUCGUCGACAGGCUCCGCGCCAGCAUGGACGCCGGCGCCGACGACGAGAGCGGCGAGACCAUCACCGAGGUCAACAUCAAGGGCCUCAUCUUCGACAUGUUCACAGCGGGCACGGACACGUCGUCGAUCAUCGUGGAGUGGGCGAUGGCGGAGAUGCUCAAGAACCCGUCGGUGAUGGCGCGCGCGCAGGAGGAGCUGGACCGCGUGGUCGGCCGCGGGCGCCGGCUGGAGGAGUCGGACCUGCCGGCGCUCCCGUACCUGCAGGCCGUCUGCAAGGAGGCGAUGCGGCUCCACCCGUCGACGCCGCUCAGCCUCCCGCACUUCUCCUUCGACGCCUGCGACGACGUCGAGGGCUACCGCGUCCCGGCCAACACCCGCCUGCUCGUCAACAUCUGGGCCAUCGGCCGGGACCCGGCCACGUGGGAGGCGCCGCUCGAGUUCCGCCCCGAGCGGUUCCUCCCCGGCGGCGCGGCGGAGAAGGUGGACCCGCUCGGGAACUACUUCGAGCUCAUCCCGUUCGGCGCCGGCCGGAGGAUCUGCGCCGGGAAGCUGGCCGGGAUGGUGUUCGUGCAGUACUUCCUCGGCACGCUGCUGCACGCGUUCGAGUGGCGCCUGCCGGAUGGGGAGGAGAAGCUGGACAUGGGCGAGACCUUCGGGCUCGCGCUGCCCAAGGCCGUGCCGCUCCGCGCCGUCGUCACGCCGCGCCUCGUGCCGGAGGCCUACGCGUGACGUGCCAGCGGUCGAAACGCGCGCGUCGUGCAGCCCGCGCGCGCUUGGUGUAUUAUUUGUUCUCGGAGGGAGGAUGGGUGGAUGCAUGCUUUGAUGUUGCCUACUACCUGCGUACAUAUUUUGUUAUCGUCGUA